AUGAGGUAUUCUAUUGCUGCUGCAUUGCUGACCCUGCCACUGGCUUUGACUGCAUCACUCAAGUCCGUCGUCAUUACUUUCCCUAAUGGAACGCCUGAAUCGGUUAUCACCCAGGCCAAAAACUCCUUGGUGGCUUCAGGUGGUGUGAUCACUCAUGAGUAUCAUCUGAUCAAUGGUUUCGCUGCCGAGGCUCCCGCCAGUGCGCUGCAGACCCUCUCCACGCAAGAUGCGAAAUACAACCCCAAUAUUGAAGAGGAUAAGAUUGUGAAUGCGAAUGGAGAAUAUAAAGCUGGAUUCUAA